CUCCAAUAGAGUGGAGAGCUGAUAUUCUUCAUUUCAUAUCCUUUUUCUCUCUGUCUUCUUCUCUUGUCACCUCUAAAGACCAAUAGGGGCAAUCUCUGUUGCCUCUGUUUCCAAAGGAAACCCUUGUUUUUAUUCUUGCUCUUCCUUUGCUAGUAGUGUUCACCUUGCAAUUUCCAACUCAUAAUUCAUUUUCCAUUGUCUUUCUAGUUUGUAGUUCAGUCUAGUUUGGAUCACUACAACUCCCCCACAAUCAAACCAACCCAAAGUUCAAACAUUUUAUACAGAAAUAGGCACCAAAAUAGCCAAAUACUCAUUUAUGAUAUGCAAAAUUGAAGCUUCUUCUUCACACAAGACAAGAUUAACACCUCCUUUCCCAAACACAAACCUAGGAGCAAGAAGGAGCACUUGUUAGUGACCAACCCAACCAUGAUUCCUUCUCAUGGCCUCAUCAUUUCUCUCAUUUUUGUGUCCAUUUUAGCCAAUGAUGCAAGCUUGGUCCAUGAGGCAAAUGGGUCAUUUCCAAUGGUGCCUUUGAUGGAAGCUGGGAAGAUGGAUAUGAUGAUGCUGAUGAAUGAGAGCAGAAGGAAGCUUGGAAGCUUCCAGAUAUGUGCUCUGUGCACUUGCUGUGGUGGAGCUAAAGGGGUUUGCUUGGCCUCUCCCUGUUGCUAUGCCAUCAAUUGCAACAUUCCAAACAGACCCUUUGGCUUCUGUUCAUUCACACCCAAGACCUGUAAUUGCUUUGGAUGCCAUCUUUAAUAACCCCUCUCUUCCUUAUAAUGAUUAUAAUAAUUGAAAUUGAGGAUUAUCUUUAAAUAAUUAUUAUGUUGCAAGUGUGAAUGAGAAGUGAGGAAUAUGAGAAUAUCUGUUCUUGAAUUGCUUGUUUAGUAAUUAAUAUUGUUAUUGGUAUUGGUA